UGAACAUCGAACAGGUGCUCGUCACAUGAUCAACUAUGAUGUCACAAAACAUGGUGGACUACUCUUGCGAAAUGAUAUCUGUUUAUCAAUUUUGUGUAUCGUAUUUAUCCUGUUUCCGCAACUUUAUAGAAUAAACAUCAGAUCCUCAGUCUAGAGCAUCCAAGCAUACGUACAUUAUCUCAAAUUUUAAUCCAAGCUUAUACACCCAGUAUGAGUAGAUCAAAUCAGCAUUUUGUGGCCAGCCUCAUACACACCAUAGCUACUCACACAUCAGAUGUGAACUCAGUGGCUUUCUCACCAGAUGGGACACUUGCAACAGCGUCAGGAGACAAAACAGUGAGGCUGUGGGAUACAGCAGAUUUCUCUGAACUUACUGCGUCCCCACUGGUCGGCCAUUCUUAUUAUGUUCACUGUUGCACAUUUUCACCAUUUGGAACCAUUCUUGCAACAUGCUCUACCGACGGCAAGCUCAUCCUUUGGGAUGUCAAAUCAGGGUCCAAGGUUGCAACUUUUCAACACAGCAGCAAACAGAGUAUCAGAGUCUGCCGAUUUUCUCCUGACUCCAACUAUAUUGUAUCAGGGAGUGACGAUGAAACUCUUGCUCUUUGGGAUAUAACAACAAAAACAUUAGUCAGGUCCUACAACACCUGUCAUGAUGCCUCAGUAGUCGCCUGUGCCUUUACACCUGACAGUACCUUCAUUGUAUCAGGCAGCAGCAUUGGAGACUUGAGAGUCUGGGAUGCCAAGUAUGGGCAUGGGAAAGCUCUGAUUUACAACUUAGAUUGUCACGACCUUGGGGUCACAAGCUGCGACUUCUCCCCACACAUUAGGGUCAAGGACCAUGGUAUCAGUGGCUGUGUGACCUAUGAAUUAGCCACCUCUGGGCAGGACAAUCUCGUGAAGAUAUGGGAAAUGACUGCAGACCUAAGCUGUGCUUCAGUGGUUCUAAAACAGAAACUGACUCUGAAAGGACACGAGGGAACUGUAAACUUCUGCUGUUUUUCAUCGAAUGGAAACUUCAUAGCCUCAGCCUCCAUUGACAAAACGGUCCGUGUUUGGGAUUCUUCUACUGGGCAGCAGCUGUGCGAGGUUGAGGGACACACUCGUUACGUGACAAGCUGUGCUUUCUCUAAUGACAGUCGACUACUAGCGUCAGGAUCAAACGACAAGUUGGUGAUGAUCUGGAAACUCACAACACAAGAAGAUUGCAUUGUUAACCUUUUAGACAAUUACAAAGAACCACAGUGUGCUCUGAAGACCAAAGAUGCCAACGGUGUACACAAGCCUAUGGACUCUUGGUCUGCCGAAGAAGUCGGUGAUUGGUUAGGGCAAAUUGACCUUGGCAAAUACAGAGACAACUUUGUAUCCAACGCCAUCGAUGGGACAGAACUCUGUAACAUGAAUGACAAGAUGCUCAUAGAUCUGGGUGUUGCUGCCAUGGGUCACAGAAAUAGGAUUUUACGCUGCAUUAAAACGGCUCAGAACAAACCCACAGUUAGCAGGAGUGUUUCCAAUUUGUCAGAUAAUGGUAUUCCUGAUGAGUACUUAUGUCCCAUCACCAGGGAAGUCAUGAAAGAUCCUGUAAUGGCAGAGGAUGGCUACACCUAUGAGCGAUCAGCUAUCCAGGGAUGGAUAGACAAAGGGAAGGAUACCAGCCCAAUGACCAGUAUACCACUCAAGACCAAGCAACUGAUUCCCAACAGGAGCCUGAAGAUGCUGAUUCAGAACUAUCUAGACAGUGGCAAAGGAUGAUGUGUAGUGAACCACGUACAAGGCCCAAAUGUACAAUUUGUUGAACGUCUGUGCAACAGACAAUUUCAGUUGUUAUAUAUUGUGAUAUUUGCAUAGAGAUCAAUUUAAACCUGUGUAAAAUAUGCUAUCUUACAUUAAUUACAUUAUAAAAGAUGAAAGUGAAAUUUGUUAUUCUAUCUUUUGUAAAAUUUGAAUUUGGAAAGAUG